ACAUGGUCAAGGUUACAAAGGGAACAUCUGCCUGAAAUUUGAAACCAAGGCAAGGGGAAUUGGCUCUACAUGAGAAUAUGGCCGAUGGCAUUGAAGAUCUUAUUGGGAUCCCAUUCCCAAACCACAGCAGCGAAAUCCUGUGUGGCUUAAACGAACAGCGGCACGAUGGCCUGCUCUGUGACGUCAUCCUCAUUGUCCAGGACCAGGAGUACAGGACCCACAGGUCUGUUCUUGCUGCCUGCAGCAAGUACUUUAAAAAACUCUUCACUACCGGCACUUUAACAGACCAGCCCUAUGUUUACGAGAUUGACUUUGUCAAGCCUGAAGCACUUUCUGCCAUCCUCGAGUUUGCCUACACUUCAACUCUGACCAUCACCACCUCAAACGUCAAGCAUAUCCUCAACGCAGCCAAGAUGCUGGAGAUCCAGUGCAUUAUCAAUGUAUGCCUUGAAAUCAUGGAGCCUGACAGAGAGCCGGAAGAGGACGAUGAUAAAGAGGAUGAAGAUGACGAUGAUGAAGAAGAUGAGGAUGAGGAAGAGGAGGAGGAGGAAGAGGAGGAAGAAGGGGAAGAUUUUGUGAAUCAGGAGAACCUCACGGAUGUCCAAGAAGUCAGCUGCCACCAAAGCCCGUCAAAGUCUGAUCUUACCGAAGCAUACACAGAAGCACCUAGUGACUUUCCAAACCAUUACCCAGCCAAUAGCUCAUCUGGACACUUAGGUGUGAUACGAGACUUUUCCAUUGAGUCGUUACUUAGGGAAAACCUGUACCCUAAGGCAAACAUGCCCGACAGGAGGCCAGCUCUAUCUCCUUUUACCCCAGGCUUCUUUCCCCAUUUGUGGAAUGGAGAUUUCAGUCCCUUUCCCCAGCUGGAAGAGCAGCAAGUGGACAACGGCCCUUUGGACCUGGUGAUCAAAAAGAGGAAGAUUAAGGAGGAAGAAGAGAAAGAAGAGCUCCCUCCAGCUCCUUUCCCCAAUGACUUCUUCAGGGAUAUGUUCACCAACAACCCUGGAGGUCACUUAGGCCACAUUAAAGCAGAGAAUGACUAUAAUGCUUAUCUCAACUUUCUAAGUGCCGCCCACUUAGGAGGAGUCUUUCCUCCCUGGCCCCUGGAGGAAGAAAGGAAGAUCAAGCCCAAGGCGUCUCAGCAGUGUCCGAUCUGCAACAAAGUCAUCAUGGGGGCCGGGAAGCUGCCACGGCACAUGAGGACUCACACCGGGGAAAAGCCGUAUAUGUGCAAUAUCUGUGAAGUUCGCUUUACCAGGCAGGACAAGCUAAAAAUCCACAUGCGGAAGCACACGGGGGAGAGGCCGUACCUCUGCAUACACUGCAAUGCCAAAUUCGUGCACAACUACGACCUGAAGAACCACAUGCGCAUUCACACCGGGGUGCGGCCCUACCAGUGCGAGUUCUGCUACAAGAGCUUCACCCGCUCCGACCACCUCCACCGCCACAUCAAGAGGCAGAGCUGCCGGAUAGCCCGGCCCCGGAGGGGACGCAAGCCGGCGGCCUGGAGGGCGGCGAGUUUACUGUUUGCACAGAACAGCCAGCCAGAAGAGAAGGGCUUCAUGAUGCCGCCCACUCUGGAAGAGAUGAGCAGCCAUCUCGGCAGCGCGGCCAUGUGCCUUCCCGGCCCCAGCCCCAAGCACUUUAUGAGCGGGGCCAAGUCUGCUCUCAAUCUGCAAGAGCUGGAGAGCCAGUUUGAAGAAACCCAAAUGAAGCUGUUCGGGAGGACGCACCUGGACAUGGAAAGGAAUGGGGGCAUCUUUGCCUUUGCCCUUGGCCACAACGACAGCCUCUCGGCGCGGCCCUAUUUCCCUCUGCCAGACCCGUGGAGCACAGGAUUUAGUGGCCUGGCUGGCCUAAACCACCUAGCCCCAAUUUCUGAAGCUAGCAACUAAGCCCUUUCCUGUCCAAGCGAUGGGUUUGCUGUAGUCUGCACCGUCCGUAAAGAGCAAACGAUUGCCCUCCACUUCUGAUUCUCACCUGUCUCUCCGCGUCUCGCUCCGAUUGCUCGCCCGCGCUGAUCUAGACUACAUCCCGGGACUUCAGGCAGGUGUGGGGCUCAGAGCCGCGCAUGAGCAGCCUGCGGCCAUUCUUCUGAGUUGGAGAUUGCUGCUGUUGUUCUGUGACGGAUGCUUGUUCAAGGGAACCUGGGUUGGGCUUAUCAGGGACUCCACCACUGCCAUUUCCUCAGACCGCCCUUUUACAGACCAUGCCUAGGGCGCUCGGCUCAGAGUCGGAUGAGGGUGUCACUAGCUGCCGGUGAUCAAGCCCCCCACCACGGAUACAGCGUCUCUUUGGUUAGCAGAAUCCAACACUGAAGAGGUGAGAAAGAUCCAGCUCCAGGGUGGCUGGAUUGCUACCUGCUUCUGAAAAUGUCCCCUGCCCGUGCUUGGAGGUCGUUGUCAUCUCCAUAAGGCACCUUUUCGGAGGGACACUCUCUUUGUUGCCCAUUCACUACGGCAGAUGCUCAGCUGGAGGCUGAUAAACACCAACACAUUUUUUGCCACCUUCACAUUACUUGACCCUUUUGGUCCCAAAGGAUUUUAUUUUAAAUCCUGCAACCAAAUGGCAUUUCUUUCCCCCUAAAAGGCCCUCAAAAUUCCUCUUAGUGCAAAUCAGUUCAGCUUGUACCAGUGAAUAGCACCGAGGAUCCAGUCCAUGUAUUUGUCAGCCGUGGCCAAGAUGACACAUCUGAACCCCUUGACAGAAUUGUGCUGAUAUCAUGGUGCAUGUGAUAACCUGGGAACACAAAGGGAAAAGAUUAAAUUUUGCUCAGGAGUAGAGCUGGGUGAAAAAUGAACUUGUGGGUGGCUAUUCUUAGCCAUUCGGGGGGAGAAAAAUCUCUUUGGGAAUGAAAACAAUCAUCAAGAUGUUUAGCCAAUGAAAAGUUUGGGAAAAAAUAAUUGUGGGUGAAUCAAAACAUGUAAUUUUUAACAAAAUGGACUUGUGGGGGGGGGUGUAAAAAGAGAUAUGUUUAAUACACUCUGAGGAAAUCUUAAAUUUGAAAUUAUUUCCACCCAAAAAGGGCCACCUGUUUCAUUGGGAAAAUGGGAGUUUUGAAUUUUCUGGUUUUAUUUUAAAACAAAACACUUGGUGAAACGAUGGUGAAACAAAGACUGAAUCCACACUUUUCGCAGGAAAACAGAGUUCUGGGCAAAUUCUUUUUCACAGCUCUACUCAGGAGAUCCCCCUGUAAAAGAUGAUACUAAAGAGUCCCUAAACCAGCCUGUCAACAGGCUCUAGUAGAAAUUGUAUUUCUUCAGAGUUUGUCAGUUCAGAAGAUGGAGUUUAGCAUACAAAAUAUGAAAUACUCAAGCGAAUGAGGCCAUUGCUAGGAAUACGUGCCCACAUUCCCCUUUUAAGCAGUGGUGAUAACUUCAUUUUAAUAGUCUGAUGACCUGCAGGAAGCUAGUCCAGAGACUGGUUUUAAAUUGAACCAGGACUCAAAAAUGUCAAUGUUAAAGAUGAGGGCAUUCUCUCUCCUUUAUUAUUAUCUUUCCAUUUCAGUAGGAUCAAAGGGAAGAACCAUAGCUUGCUUUUUCAGCAUUCAGUUUAUCCUUCGAUGGUGCUGCUUGAGAGUCACGGUUCGGUGAGGGUCUCACUACUGGCGCACUGAUGUUCUUACACUCAUGGGCCAAAAUGAGUACGCUCUUCAAAGUCAUCCUCCCUUUGCAUCCCCUUGUCGGCAAAUACUCCAGACACAAACGAUUCCUCCCUGGUUUGGGAACAUGCUGAUCCCGAUGAACUGCUUGAUCCUAUUUUUUCCCCACCAACCCUCCAAAAAUAAAUCUGCAAAGACUCUGUGCAACAAAGAGGUGGGAAAGGAAAAGAAGACUUUUUAAAACUGCAUCAAACCUUUUUUUUUUUUUUUGUACAUGUACCGAGUUCUUAUA